AUGGUGGUAGCAAAAAAGCAGCAGCAGCAGCAGCAGCAGCAGCAGCAGCAGCAGCAGCAGCAGCGGCGGCGGCGGCGGCAGCAGCGGCAGCAGCGGCGGCGGCAGCAGCAGCAGUGGCGGCGACGGGGGCCCACCACGCUGGCCAGAAGCGUGUUGUGCAGCGGAACCUCCCGUACGGUGACGUCAGCGACGGGGUCGGACGGCGGCGCCGACGCCGCGCUCACGAGCAGCUGCCGCGGGUCGUCGCGUGCGUUGGCAGCGCGCGCGGACUCGAAGAUGAGGGCGCCGUCGCCGCCGUCCUUCAGCAGCGCCAGGCGCACGCCCAUUGUCACGUUGGUAGCGCGCCACAUGAAGCGGGUGCCGCUCUGA